AUGAAAACGACAACUCAAUCUGAUGAACCUAUUAUUUCGAAUGGUUUCGUUACAUGUUAUUUGGAUCGUCUAGUCAUUCAUUUAUAUUAUUUUCCCUAUGGAAAUAAAACAAUCAAAUAUAGUGAUAUAAAAUCAUGUGAAUUACUUCGAAUGCGUGAUUUGAGUAUAUUCAAAUGUAAAAUAUGGGGAAUGGCAUUAUCAUCUGUUUGGUGGCAUUCGGAUUUACGUCGUCAUUGCAGAGAAUAUUAUAUUCUUUUAGAUGCAAAUCAAUGGCCUAAAAUAGGUAUUACAAUGGAUGAUAAUGAUAUUAUCAACGUUUAUAAAUUAAUUAAAGAAAAAAUCGAUGUAAAUCAAUCAAGAGAAAUUUUCUUAGAAAAGAAAUCUUUUGAUAAUAUUGAAAAACUUGAUAAUCAUGUGGCUAGUUCAAUCUCUGAAAAAGAACUUGAAUAUCAAAAAUCUUUGGAAAGUAACAAAGAAAAAUACAUGUAA